CAUAUAUGUUACAAUUCGCAUUUGCACUGGAUUACUCAUUCAAGUGCGAGGCUUGGCCAAGUGUGGUUCGACGCUAUUUGUCAUUCAACGUUCAGAGUUUACCGUGAAAGGUACUAUGGCUUCUACGAGCAGCGAUAGACCAGCCUCUCCACCGUUGUCUCAAUCUAUGAUUGAAGAUGAUGAACUGUUUGGGAGAUAUUUGAUGAAUAAAAUAAAAAUGGUAAAUGCGCGUUACAAGACCUUCCUGAAAGUCAUGAUUCUGGAAAUGCUUGUCAGUACGUCUAAGAAUAUGCAGUUUCUUAGUUCGAUUGAGGAAGUCUCUUAUGAGGAUUCUGCUCCUACUAACGAACUGCAACAAAAUGACGACGAACAACCUAAUUUGCUCAAUCCGGAUGCGACGGAGACUUUAAUUCCAUCAGCGAGAAAUGACUAUACAAUAAACUUAGAAGUGACCAGUUCUAAAGAAGAUCCGCUUGCUCAAAAUGAGGAACAAUCCAGUUCGAGGAUUGUAGUAAAAACUACUUUAGCGAGUGCUCCACCUGAUCCACCGGGUUCCCAGGAUAGUAACCAAGAAAUUGAUGAUGCAAACAAUAGAUCGCAGAUGCCAAGCACUAGGAGGACUUGUAACAGAGACCACGUCUCACCAUACAUGCAAGAUAUGUUGAGACAAAACAGAUACAAGAAGGUGACUUCUGAGAAUUUGGAAUUGCAUAUUGGAGCGCAUUCCUCCAGGACUUUUAGGAUAGAGAAGAUGGGUGGACGGACUAUGGUUUAUGAAAGACUUCGUGGGCCGGAGUAUCUCCAUAGAGAGCAAACAGGACUUGGACCAUCUUUCAGGCGUUUACCACUUGUACCUGACGAUGACGACGACGAGGAAAUGGUUUGGCCAACAUUGGAAGAUGAUCCUGACCUUAAGCGAUUUUGGGACGAUUUGAAGAAACUAUAAUCAACGCACAAUUUUUUAUCACUUAUUAUAUUAUAUUUAAUUACGUCUAUCUUUAUUUCAGUUUACUUUAUAAUCUAUAUAUGUAUCAAUUUACCGAAUUAUUACAACUAUGCUUAAAUAAAUAAACUAUUUUUAAACAAUAAA